AUGAUCAACCGCACUUCGAACGAAACGCCCAAUGCAUCUGGCAACGGAUCUAUGAAUCCAGCUGCUAUGAAGGGCAAGAGAAAGGUUCUGAUCAUUGGUGCUGGCUCGACGGGUCUCGCACUGGCUCAAGGCCUGAAAAAGGCUGGCAUCAAUUUCAAAAUUUUUGAGAAAGAAGAAAGCCCCAUCCGCAAGCGCAACUGGAGUAUGGGACUGCACUGGGGCCUUGAACCCCUGGAGUAUCUAAUGUCGGCGGAGAUCUUGAAGCAGAUCGAGCAGACACAAGUUGAUCCCCAUGUUGCAACUAAGGAUACUGAUCGACUGCCAAUGUACAAUGGCCAGACGGGGGAACUCAUCACUGAGAUCAAGUCCCACAAAUUCUAUCGUCUCCGCCGCGACAAGUUCCGGGCAAUGCUCCUGCAGGGUAUUGAUGUCCAGUGGGGCAAAUCUGUCUGUGACAUUGUCUACUCUCCUGGUGGAGAGCGUGUGUCGGUCAAAUUUGAGGAUGGCACGGAGGAACUAGGCGCCCUUGUGAUUGCCACUGAUGGCCCACAUUCGACGGUGCGCUCGCUCCUUGUCGGGGAAGAGGCCGCCAAGGUGACGCCGAUUGAUUAUGCGUCGACCAUGUGUUUCACCCGUCACACGCGUGAACAUGCUCUCUUUCUUCGUGCCCAGCCCCAUCAUCCCCUGUACCAGGUGGCCCCUCACCCCAACGGCUACUGUGCGUGGCUGAGUCUUCACGACGGAGACGAUAGCGAGCACCCAGAGAACUGGAUAUUCUUCCAUUACAUUUCUUUUCCGGAGCCCCGCGAUGAGGUCAAUAACCGAACGAUGCGAGAGCACGUCCUGCAUCAAAAGGAACUAGCCCGUCAAUUCGUUGACCCUUGGCGCAGCGUCUUCGAGUGGAUGCCCGAAGACAGCGAGGUAUGGUAUUCCAAGCUGCGCAAUUGGGACCCGAGUUUGCCAGAGCACAAGUGGGACAAUCGCCAGGGUCGUGUUACCUUGGCAGGAGAUGCUGCGCAUCCUAUGACCUUCCAGCGGGGUCAGGGUCUCAACCAUGCUAUCCAGGACGCCUAUCGAGUAUGCAAGGCCAUCAAGUCGUUCUGGAAUGAGGGUGACUUCAUCAUCGAACAGCGUUCUGCGGCACUGCAGGGCUAUGAGGAUGAGAUGAUUCCGCGAGCGGAAGAAGAAGUGCGCUUAAGUGAGGAGAACAGCAUUAAAGUGCACGAGUGGUCCAAGGUGAUGCAGAGUCCGUCUCUGAGGAAGGGAAUGCAGGUGGACAAGAAGGAUUGCUAA